AUGGAAGAAGUCUCCCCCUCGUCUCCCCCUCGUCUCCCCCUCGUCUCCCCCUCGUCUCCCCCUCGUCUCCCCCGCUCCUCCUCCCCCUCCUCACCCUCGCGCAGGCUUCAGCUGUUAGCUCGCAUCGAUCGGCUCCGCACCAGUCCACAGGGAGCGCAGCUACACAUCGGAUUCCAAUUCAACACUUCCUCCAAAGCGUGGCCCCUCUCUGGCUUGUUGUUACUGUCGGCUUCAGUUCCAGUCCCUUCUCCACAGAGUCUGAGUGGACCCCUCUGGAGGCAGGUUUGGGACCCCGUGGCUCUCUCCUCCUCUGACCGCAGAACAAACAUCUUCAAUAUCAAUAUCUGCUGCAGAGAAAUGAAGGCUCCGCAGACGUUCCGUGUCAUGGAGGGGCCCGCUCCCAUCCAUCUGCACUGCCUCAAUCAGCAGCAGCAGCAGCAGCAGCAGCAGCAGCAGCAUGACGUUGGGAAGAGAUUGGGGGAGGAGGAAGCGCUGGAGGAAGAGCAGGAGGAGCUGGAGGAGGAGGAGCAGGAGGAGGAGGAGCAGGAGGAGGAAGCGCUGGAGGAGGAGCAGGAGGAGCUGGAGGAGGAGGAGCAGGAGGAGGAAGCGCUGGAGGAGGAGCAGGAGGAGGAGCAGGAGGAGGAGCAGGAGGAGGAAGCGCUGGAGGAGGAGCAGGAGGAGCUGGAGGAGGAGGAGCAGGAGGAGGAAGCGCUGGAGGAGGAAGCGCUGGAGGAGGAGCUGGAGGAAGAGCAGGAGGAGGAAGUGAUGGAGGAGGAGCAGGGGGAGGUCUUCUACGAUCAUCUCCCGGAACAUGAGGUCGGUCUUCAUCAAAAGAAGGAGGGGCCGGGUUUCUCUGGGCUCCUCACUCCCCGAUGGUUCGACUCCAAGAGCAGCUAA